AUGAGGGGAUUGAGGGCAAGUGCACCAGCAUUCGUACCACAAAUUGACCCUGAGAGUUAUUGGAGCAAAAACGGGGACUCGAAAAAUACUGAUUCGAGUAAGCGAACUAAUCACCUGAAACAAAAGCUCGAUGAUAAUUCACGCGCUCGCCGUCAGACUGGUCGAGGUAGGGGCACGAGGAAGGGGAAGGACACGAAAAUCGCAGUUCAAAAUGAAGACGAAUCGCGAGGUUCUUUGAGCAUCGAAUCCAAUCAGAAGGGAGGAAAUAGACGUAAAAGACGCAACAAGAGAAACCGUUUAGGUCAGAAAAGAAAAUCUACUCGGGAACAGUCCAGUUUGCAUCACCGAUCCUACCCCGACAUUCCUGCGAAUCCCUUGCAAAGUGAGAAUGUCUUUCCCUCACUCGGAAACGCAGUCCAUGAGUCCAAAACUUCCUCGGUUUGGAAACUUACGUCCUCAAACCACCUGAUAUUCCAGCCUUUUGAUGAAGCUCCCAACAACACUGAAAAUAAUGUGGACGAGUUUGAGCGUCUUGGGUUGCAGCGUUUGUCUUCAUCACAAAUGAACGAGUCGAUAUCUACAUCUAACGAAACAAAGAGAAACCCAAUGCACUCACAGUUCUCGGAACCAAUGCUGGCUACAGACUUGGAGGAAUCGACUGUGAACGAAGGAGAAGAAAACCUGGAGGCAAACCAACUGCCAUCCGAAAAACAAAAAUGGAACAUGAAUCGCUUACGCGAUCGUUGGUGGAGGGCUUUGGCAAUGCAACGACUUCAUCGGAAGCUCAUGGAUGAGCUAAAGCAACAAUUCGCAGAUCAGUGCAGAGAAACCGAAGAUGAUUGUGAAACUUCGGAUAGUGAUUCAGGGUGUUACCUUGAACCCGUAGAGCUUAGCUCCAUGAAUCAACCCAAAUCGAGAGAGCCAAGCGUCCCUUCCACUAUCGUGAACGAAAUAAAUAAACAAGAUUUGGGUGGCUCCUUCUCGUCUCCGACUGAAGCUGUUUUGAAUGCAAUUAGGAUGAACGACGAAACAGUCUUGCAUGCAAUAUUACACCAGAGUAAACCUAGCGAUCAUUCAGCCGAUGAAAUGGAUAAUCGUUUCCGAUCUAUUGCUCAGGAAGCACUUUUCGCUUGUCUGGAACAAGAUAAACCACAUCUAUUGCGCACAAUAUUGAGAUAUACCAGUACCUCAUCUUAUACGCGACUGAUGAAGAAACACGAGGCGACGGAAUCACAAGUCUCGCACCUGAUGAUAGCUUCGGAAUUAGGGCACAGCCAAUGUAUUGCUGUUCUUCUGUCGGAGGAGGAACGUCAUAAAUGCUCUUUGCCAUCUCGCGACAUGGAUGGCAAUAAUGUCUUUCACUACUGCUGCCGUGGACGAGGGGAUGAAGCCAGUCUCCGAACACUUCUCAAAGAACUGUCAAAUGGUACAAAGUGGAAACAGCAAGUAUUAUCAAAGCUUUUGCUUCUGCGAAAUAAGGAAGGCAAGACAUCGUUGCAUGUCGCUUGUGAGAAGGGGAGGGAAGAUUUUGUUUCAACAUUUUUGUCUCUCUGCACCAACUCCCUUUUAUCAAAAAUGCUCUCAAUUACUGAUGUGUAUGAUCAAACUCCAUUGCUGGCAGCUGUUGCAUCUAACAGCACUGAUGUUGUCACCUGUCUCAUCAUGUGGCGUGGCAACAACAAUCGAAACCUAUGGAAGAAGGCAUCACAAAUCCCAUGUGGCAAUACCCAGCCAAGCAGCCGAUUGGUUGAAAACAGGCAAGAGUCCGGUUCUCCCCCCUGUGCGCUUUUAUGGGCAGCCAAGACUGGAGUGAUUAAUAUGAUUCACGUGCUGUUACAAUUCAGCUCUGUUUCGGGCAGUGACUACCGCGUUACGGAGGCGUUGGCGGCGGUAAUUCAAUCCAAAGCCUCAGACGAGGACAAAUCGGAGAGUGCCCGAAUCCUGAUUUUGGCUGGAGGGAAUGCGUUCGCUGGUUCUAUUCAAAUGCCUUCAGAUUCGGCCUCGUCGACUACUCCAAUAGGCGUUGCAUCCAGCUACGGGUCUGCAAGAAUACUCCAGACGCUGGUCCAAGUUGGUAGAGAGGAACUGAAGGCAAAGCAAGAGUUGCGGCGACGGGACCCGAAGUUACAGCAGCAACCAGAAUCGUUUUUCCGAGGCAUCGAAACUGCGGAAAACUCCCAAAUGAAAUCUGCCCUGACAAACGCCUUGAUAGAGAGCCUAUUUUAUGGCUGGCAAUACCAGGAAACCAAUCUUAGUGUCCAACACUUGUCAUCCGCUGUCGCUUUGUACAAACUUGGAGCCCAGCUCGGUUAUUCUGAUGUUGAACGAUUGUGGAAGAGCAUGCAGUGUAAAAGCAUACAACUGGAUGCUCGAUCUACGGAUGUGAACAUGUCUCGAUGUUUUGCGACUUCGUACUUGCAUCAUAACCUGGAAAUGAACUCGAAGCCGACUAAGGUGAGCGAUAUUGAUCGAAGCAUGCUCUCUGGGCACAGCAUGCUCCUGAGUGGUUUUGAAUGGCUGAUUGAUCAAUUAGGUCGCUUUGGUUGCAAUUGUGCUUGGAUGGCGAGACGAAGUAACGUAGACAUCAAGACAGAAAAUAAUUGGCAUGGAGAUGACAAGGUCUUCCUAGUGAUCAGAGGCGGUGAAAAGUUUUUGGUGCAUGCUUCGAUUGUAUCUCUAAAAUCUGAGAAGCUCGCGUCAGCGAUUCGUUUUGCAUCAAUGAAUGAUGACCCUGAUGACACGGAAAGAAUCCCGGAAGUUUUUGUGGACAUUGACGGUCGGAUGCUUCGCUAUAUGUUACAGCACAUUUACCAUGGAUCCGUGUUUGCCGGAUGGCCAUCCAACGAAGAUGAGAUUUUCCGUGAUCUCUUGGACCUCAUGGUAGUUGCCGAAGAAGCACUGUGUCCCUCACUAUUACAGGAGUGCGAGAUGAGACUAUUGAGCUCAAACCCUACGAGGUGUUUCUGUUGGUCGUGCUCGAAGGCAGUGCGGUCUUCACUGCUGAACUAUUGGCAAGCUGCAGAAUGCAUGUAUCUCACCGAAGGGUUUGGACUUCUCGUUACAGGCAGUCGUGCACUCGAUGUCCUUGCCAUAACUGAAUUUGUGUCAGGUUUUGAGCUUGAAUACAGUAUCCGUAUUGCACCGAUACCUUAUCCGAACACGAGAUAUAUACCGGCCUCUGAAGCGUGGGGGAAGUUUGACGAGACGUGGAAAACUGCAAGAGCUAUUCGGUUGCUAAAGGACCAAGCCACAAUGAUAAUUCUUCUUCGGUUUAGGACGGUGAUCGAGAGUGUAUCAUUUCAAGAAAGUGUCCAAUACAAUGCUGAUCCAACUUCUUCGUUGAAUCUACUCUCACAUCAAAGGCUUCUUCUCCAGACUUGCUUAGAGGAGCUGCCCCAAUCCUUUAUGCUGUAG